AUGUGUUUAAACUUAGCAACAAACAAUCAUCAGCAACUUGCCGAGGACCAAUCGAAUAUCCCCGCACAAGUGAUGACAUUGGCCCCCAAGUGCCUCUAUCACAUCUUGACAGGGUUUACACGCGCCUGUAACUGUGUGGCGCACAGACGAACUAAGAUUAGAACACCUGCGAACUGCCGGGAAUCGAUAUCCGCCUGUUUGCACCUCGAAGAUUUUCCUGGGGUUUCAGGUUUAUUCUUUUCGUCCUAG